CACCUGUAGCCGGUCCUCCGCCCGUCCACAACGCACAAUGCUCUCCCGAACUCUUCGCGCACGCAGCGCCCUGCGCUUUGCCACCCCAACCUUCCGGGCUGCCUACUCGUCGCAGGCUAAAUCCGAAGUACCCGCCAACGACCCAGUCGCGCGCAAAGACGUGCAGACCGUUUCCGAGACCAAUGCCACCGCUACCUCCUCGGAGGGCGCCUUCGACAAGGUUCUGCAGGAGAGUGUUGAGAAGGCCGAGAAGCUGAGGAAGCAGCAAGCCCCCAACCGCGAGGGUAUUUGGAGCAGGAGCCAGCAGCCCAGAGAGGUUGCUAUGAGCGGACCGAGGUUCGAGCAGAGCAUUAUUGAGGAUCAGCCCCGCCCAUACGCUGCCAUCGAUCUCAUCCACCAGCAGCCUGUCCGCUGGACGCACGACCGCAUUGUUUCUUGCGACGGUGGAGGUGGCCCCCUCGGUCACCCCAGGAUCUUCAUCAACACCGACAAGCCCCAGAUCUGCUGGUGCACAUACUGCGGUCUUCCUUUCGCUCACGAGCACCACCGCGCACAUCUCGAGUCUCUGCCCGCAGACCAGCUCUCAUACCCACUCGGACCCAAGGGCAAUGCCGCUGAGGUCAACGAAGCACAGAAGGUUACAGAUGAGCCUCUCGCACAACGGUAGAUUGAAUGCAACAAUGCUUAUGGAGACGUGCUUGUACAUACGUAGUGAAAGAACGAAGAUUGUUUGUGGCUCAUUCUUGACCAUUGCCGCUGGAC